CUCAUACCCCCCUUUUCCCCCUUUUCCCCCUUUCCCCCCUCCCCCCCAAGUCCUGCGGACCUGGGGGCUUCAGGAUCUGGGCGCUAUGAAAAGUGUCUCCUCAGUCACUUCCGGUUUUUCUUCCCCCAAUCCCUCAGCUGCUGCUGCUGCUCAGGAGGUCAGAUCUGCCACUGAUGGUAAUACCAGCACCACUCCGCCCACCUCUGCCAAGAAGAGAAAGUUAAACAGCAGCAGCAGCAGCAGUAGCAGCAGUAACAGUAGUAACGAGAGAGAAGACUUUGAUUCCACCUCUCCCUCCUCUUCCACUCCUCCUUUACAACCUAGGGAUUCGGCAUCCCCUUCAACCUCGUCUUUCUGCGUGGGGGUUUCGUUGGCUGCUUCCAGCCACGUACCGAUACAGAAGAAGCUGCGUUUUGAAGACACCCUGGAGUUUGUAGGGUUUGAUGCGAAGAUGGCUGAGGAAUCCUCCUCUUCCUCCUCCUCAUCUUCACCAACUGCUGCAACAUCUCAGCAGCAGCAACUUAAAAAUAAGAGUAUACUAAUCUCUUCUGUGGCUUCGGUGCAUCACGCAAACGGCCUGGCUAAAUCUUCUACCACCGUCUCUAGCUUUGCUAACAGCAAGCCUGGCUCUGCUAAGAAGUUAGUGAUCAAGAACUUUAAAGAUAAACCUAAAUUACCAGAAAACUACACAGAUGAAACAUGGCAGAAACUGAAGGAAGCAGUGGAAGCUAUCCAGAAUAGUACUUCAAUUAAGUACAAUUUAGAAGAACUCUAUCAGGCUGUAGAAAAUCUCUGUUCUUACAAGAUUUCUGCAAACUUAUACAAACAGCUGAGACAGAUUUGUGAAGAUCACAUCAAAGCACAAAUUCAUCAGUUCAGAGAGGAUUCAUUGGAUAGUGUUCUUUUUCUAAAGAAGAUUGAUAGAUGCUGGCAGAACCACUGUAGACAAAUGAUCAUGAUCAGGAGCAUUUUUUUGUUUCUGGAUAGAACUUAUGUUCUUCAGAAUUCAAUGCUACCCUCCAUUUGGGACAUGGGACUGGAGUUAUUUAGGGCCCACAUUAUAAGUGAUCAGAAAGUCCAAAAUAAGACCAUUGAUGGCAUUCUUCUGUUGAUUGAGAGGGAAAGGAAUGGUGAAGCAAUUGAUAGAAGUUUACUCCGAAGCCUCUUAAGCAUGCUCUCUGAUUUGCAAAUUUAUCAGGAUUCUUUUGAACAACGAUUUUUGGAAGAAACUAACCGGCUUUAUGCAGCCGAAGGCCAAAAAUUAAUGCAGGAAAGAGAGGUUCCUGAAUAUCUUCAUCAUGUUAACAAACGUCUAGAAGAAGAAGCAGACAGACUUAUUACUUACUUAGAUCAGACCACCCAGAAGUCAUUAAUUGCUACUGUAGAAAAACAACUUCUAGGUGAACACUUAACAGCAAUUCUUCAGAAAGGUUUAAAUAACCUUCUUGAUGAAAACCGAAUUCAAGAUUUAUCUCUUCUGUAUCAGCUCUUCAGUAGAGUUCGAGGUGGAGUUCAGGUUCUCUUGCAACAGUGGAUAGAGUAUAUUAAGGCAUUUGGCAGCACUAUUGUAAUUAAUCCUGAAAAAGAUAAAACCAUGGUUCAGGAAUUGCUGGAUUUUAAAGAUAAGGUUGACCAUAUAAUAGAUAUCUGUUUUCUGAAGAAUGAAAAAUUUAUCAACGCCAUGAAAGAAGCAUUUGAAACAUUCAUUAACAAGAGACCAAACAAACCUGCUGAACUUAUAGCUAAAUAUGUAGAUUCAAAACUUCGUGCUGGCAACAAGGAAGCUACGGAUGAAGAACUUGAAAAAAUGUUGGAUAAAAUUAUGAUCAUAUUUAGAUUUAUCUAUGGCAAGGAUGUUUUUGAGGCCUUCUAUAAGAAAGAUUUAGCCAAACGUCUGUUAGUUGGGAAGAGUGCAUCUGUAGAUGCUGAAAAAUCAAUGCUGUCCAAACUUAAACAUGAAUGUGGAGCUGCUUUCACCAGCAAACUUGAAGGAAUGUUUAAAGACAUGGAACUUUCUAAAGACAUCAUGAUUCAGUUCAAACAGGUCAUCCCCUGCAAACAGGCAGUGGAGCAAGUGAGAAACCGGAGACUUGGGCUGGCUGGUGGGGUGAGGAAUGGGGGUUGCUGCAAGGUGUUCCAAGCCACUCAGGGGUCUCCGAAGUAUAUGCAGAACCAGAAUGUACCUGGGAAUAUUGAAUUAACUGUGAAUAUCCUGACAAUGGGUUAUUGGCCAACAUAUGUGCCUAUGGAAGUGCAUUUACCACCAGAGAUGGUAAAACUUCAGGAGAUUUUCAAGACAUUUUACCUAGGCAAACAUAGUGGCAGGAAACUUCAGUGGCAGUCAACCCUAGGACACUGUGUGCUAAAGGCUGAAUUUAAAGAGGGUAAAAAAGAACUCCAGGUCUCUCUUUUUCAAACACUGGUGCUGCUAAUGUUUAAUGAAGGAGAGGAGUUCAGUUUAGAAGAGAUCAAGCAGGCUACCGGAAUAGAGGAUGGCGAGUUAAGGAGAACACUGCAGUCUUUGGCCUGUGGCAAAGCUAGAGUUCUGGCAAAAAAUCCAAAGGGCAAAGAUAUCGAAGAUGGUGACAAGUUCAUUUGUAAUGAUGAUUUCAAACACAAACUCUUCAGGAUAAAGAUCAAUCAAAUUCAGAUGAAAGAAACGGUUGAGGAACAAGCAAGCACUACAGAAAGAGUAUUUCAGGACAGACAGUAUCAAAUUGAUGCUGCAAUUGUUCGAAUUAUGAAGAUGAGGAAGACACUUAGCCACAAUCUCCUGGUUUCAGAAGUGUACAACCAGUUGAAAUUUCCAGUAAAGCCUGCUGAUCUUAAGAAGAGAAUAGAAUCCUUAAUUGACCGGGACUACAUGGAGAGAGAUAAAGAAAAUCCAAAUCAGUACAACUACAUUGCAUAAAAUUUUGGCCUUGGAGCAUUUUCUGUCUCAUGCUGUAGCCAGUGGAUAAACCUAACUUGUUGAUCCUAUAUUGUUUGACUUCUUUUAUACUACCAAUGACCAAAUGAAGCAGUGUAAUGGAAAUAGUUGAGUGGACAUUUUCAGUGGUUAACAUGCCCAUUAAAAGAGUAAUACUUAAAGAAGAAUGUUGUUGAACUCUUUGCAUGUUAUUUAGUAUGAUGUGCAGAAAACUCUUAAGAAAGUACUCGGUCUUCAUGAUUCCUCUUUGGAACUGGGGAAGAGGUCCCUAUGGCUAUUAAAAACGUGGGAUUCUUAUACACCGUUAAUUAUGAAGCAAAGGUUUAUUUGCUUAAAAUGUCAUUUAAAGAUACUUAAACUGCAUGCAAACUUUAUUUACUGUACAGAGUUCUGGAUGUAUUUAUCAGAUAGAAAAACCACCCUGGACUUGGCUGUUCACCUGUUUUGUGAUUUCCCUUGAAAAGAAAAAUAAGUUGUCAUAGCUAUCAAUAUUUUACUAAGUAAUGUUCUGUUACACUCAAAGGGAUGUUUUGAAAAAAUUUAUUUGGAAACAAGUUUUCAAGUAGAGGGCCAGUUGUUUAUGUAGUCUCUUGUAUAUACACAUCCUCAGAUGCUCCAUUUAUGGUUAUAGGAUGUGUGUAUAUGACUUAGCCCUGAGUUUACUGUGCUGAUUAACAGGUACUUAUAAAAAUAGCUGAAGUAGAAAAUUGCUGAUCAUUUGUACUAGAAGAACACAAUAGGAGAGAAAAAUCCAACUCUUUCUUCAUAUUAUAAAUGAAUACAAUGUAAACAUUGCAAAGGAGACCAAAACCACAUAUUUUAUAAGUUUUUACACAACUGAAAAUUCCAUCAACUCAUUUUCAACUUCCUUUAGACUUUAAUGUUGUUUGAACAGUUUUGUCUUUAACUUGGACCAAUUGUAGAUUGUUACAGGCUUUUUAGGAUUUAGCAUUCCUAUUUUUUUCUACCCAAGUUCUUUUGGAAGCACCCCAACUCUGUUGGUAAAUAAGCCUUUCUUAUCAUUUUUAUUCUAACUUCCUAAAGCCCUACAUGUAAAGGUCCUCCCUCAUUUUCUCCACACAUCCCCCCGUUGGAAUUUUGAAUUCUAUGCCAUGUUAAUCUUAAUUCCUUUCAAAAUUGAAGAGUUCUUAUAAUGGUGUUCAGACAUAGAAAAUAGCAAAAGUAUUGUUCUUCAAGUUGAUAAUGCAAGUGAAAGGCUUCUCUUUACCACCAGUGGGUUUUUUUGUAGGUUUCUUGUUUGGGAUUUUUUUCUUAAUUUGUUUUUCCUUAAAACUUUGAAAUAAGCUAAUCAUGAAGGAAAAGCAGAACAUUUGGUUUUUUAAAAUCAGAACUGCUUUAAUGCUUUUUGCACCAAUAUAUUCCCUGACUCUUUGGAGCCACAAGGAAGAAUACCUAGGACCUAGCCAGAGACUUGGUUUUUUCUGUCUGCUAUUGAUGUUUUCUUGAGUUCUCAAAGACCCAUAAACAGCUAUUUGAACAAAGUUGUCUGUGUCUAAUUGCACCAAUGUGCACACUGUUGUGUGACAAUGCAAUAUGUGGUAUUUCGAAUGCCUUCCUAAAUUCUUUUGAAUAGCCAUUACCUAUAUAUUCUCAGCUAUUUUGGUUUCCUUAUAUGAGCUCAUCUGACAAGGAAAUGCAACUAUUUUGUGUGCCUUUCUCCAUACUGGGCCAUCUACGUCAGUGUUCUAACUCAUCCCUGAUGGUAUCUGAGAUAUGUAGACCAUUCCAGAAGACUUGAUAGUGACUCUUAAGGAAUUUUUAUGUAGAAUUGUUCCUGUUAGGAGGAGACUCUUGGCGUCACGUUCAUCUUGAGAGCUGGUCCCUUCCCUCAGGCUCUUAAUUUUUUGAAAACUUGAUGUUAGUUCAGCUGAAAAAUUAGUUGCAUUAAAAAACAAGUUGAAGGGAGCUGUUUAAGAACUUGAAAGAUAAUUGCAAACAUUGAAUAAUUGUGACUUUUCAGUUAUUCUGUAUCAGUUGAAUUUUUGUGCUCUUUUCUCUGUGUAUGUGGUGGUUCUAUUUUUCUCCAAUAAAACUUUUAUUUAAAAAAGUUUCUAGAGAAGACCUUUAAAAUUCAAAUGUUGAAGAAAGUUAUAAAACCACAGACCUUAAAAUCUUCUUCCUAGUGAUUUCUUUUACUGGAUUCAUAUUUGUCAAUUUUGUUAUUUUUAAAAUUUGUUUUAUUUUUGUGGUGAUUUAGUAAUAAUACCAUAGGAAUGUAGGAGAGAGGAGAAGGUAUGGUAAAGGGUGAGUAAAAUUCCCAAGAAUCCUCAAGGUGGUUAUAUGUUCUUAAAUUUCAUUUUAGAGAAAAUCAAAUAGAAGUAUAAACACUUUCACUCAGAUCUUCUAAGUCAAAUAGUUACAUAAAGUCAAUAUGAAACUAGUCUAAAUGUACAUUUAGGAGAGAAUAAAAGAUUCAAUAUUUUGGUUUUAGUUAUGGCUCUUGAUGGGCCUUUUCUGUUAUGAAUUCUGGGCCAUAUACUCUCACAGUAAUCUUCUCCUCAAGAACUUGACCAAACCAGAAAUCAAGAAUCCUUUUUGAACCCAGUUCCUGAGUGUGCUGAAAUGCCUCAACAUGGUGUGUCACCACACUCUUAAAAUUAUGAUCUUGUACCUGUGUGUACAGUUCAGGAAAUCAGCUUAUUCUAUUUUGGUAUGUGCGUCUCAAGAAUUUUAGAAGUCGUUUGUUUUUUAAUUUUAGCAUUCAUAAGUCUUUUUUUUUUACAGUAGCAGGGUUUUUUGUUUGUUUUAAAGACCAUUCUGUUUAAAGCUGUGAAUGGCAGGAGUGUUAUAAACAUGUUCUGUUCUCAUCUACAUAAGAUUGCCAAAACAAAUUGCUCAUUAAAAAGAAAAGUGCAUUACUAAUGGGAAUUUGGAUAAUUAUGCUUUAUAUGGUAUUCAUGCUAGUGCUUCAUUAAUAUUUUUCACAUUCCUACAAAAUUUUUGCUUUGUAUUUGAAUGAUGAAGAGAUUUGUUCACCUGGAAACACUUGGUUCAAAUUUAACACUUUGUUCGAUUAUUUUCCUUGAUAUUAAAAAGGAUAAUUCAUUUUUGCCCAGAUAUAUGAUAUACUUUUAUAUUUAAAAAUUCUAUGAAUUUUUUCUAGCAUGGUAAAAAUUAAAUCUAACCUUUUUUGAUGUAGGAUAUAAAAAGGUGCUACAGAGACACAUUUGAACUUAAUAGGUUU